AUGGGUGAGGACGUUGAUCAUGAUCAAGCACUACUAGUACCAGUUCUUGAAUUUUCGAAGGAGUGUUUGGUCCCAAAGAAAGAGAGGAGUGAGGAAUGGAGAGCUAUGAGCACCAAAGUGAGAGAGGCAUGUGAGAGUCAUGGCUGCUUUCUGCUGUUGGUGCAGGAAGAGGUGAUGCCGAUGCGCUUACGUGAAGACAAGGUGAUGGCCAUGAAAGCUUUGUUUGAUCUCGCUGAAGAGACCAAGCAGAAGCACACAAUCCCCAGGGCUUACCAGAGCUACCAAGGCAAGUGCCCCAUCAUUCCCUUGAACGAAAGCUUGGGGAUCGACAAUGCAUGCCAGCUUGAUGUAGCUGAGUCCUUCACCAACCUCAUGUGGCCUCAAGGGAACUCUUCUUUUUGGUGA